AUGCUGUACAAUAUGGGAAGAAAAAUUAAGUUAAUCACAUUUGUUGAAAUUUUGUCUUGCAUCCUUUUAUCUCAGAUUUUCUUAUGUUGCUACAAUGGGGAUAAUUUUAAAAAAUCAUUGGGUAAAGAUGCCUACCUAAGCAACCCGUUCAUAUUAGAGACUAAUCGGUUGCUUGAGAAAUAUCAAAUGGACAAUGAACCAAUGGAUGCAGAACUAACAAAUGAUGUAUCAUAUAAGAAGAAAAAUAGCAAAUUAGAGAAACAAACGGAAGCUAAAUCGUUAUGCGAACAAUUAAAUGAAAGUAAUUUAAGCUGUAAAGAAGAGAACAAAAUUGAUAAGAAUAAUAUAGAUUCAACGUCCGACGUUUUCAAAUGUACACUUUCCUGUUGCGAAAAAAAAUUCUCUUAA